AUGUCUUACAGCGUGACCCUGACGGGGCCUGGGCCCUGGGGCUUCCGCCUGCAGGGGGGCAAGGACUUCAACAUGCCGCUCACCAUCUCCCGGAUCACGCCGGGCAGCAAGGCCGCACAGUCCCAGCUCAGCCAGGGUGACCUUGUGGUGGCCAUUGACGGCGUCAACACAGAUACCAUGACCCACCUGGAGGCCCAGAACAAGAUCAAGUCUGCCAGCUACAACCUGAGUCUCACACUGCAGAAGUCGAAGCGUCCCAUUCCCAUCUCCACGGCAGCGCCCCCAAUCCAGUCCCCUCUGCCAGUGAUCCCCCACCAGAAGGUAGGUGCUGACUGUGGCGCCGACUACCAGGAACGCUUCAACCCCAGCGCCCUGAAGGACUCAGCCCUGUCGACCCACAAGCCCAUCGAGGUGAAGGGGCUGGGAGGCAAGGCCACCAUCAUCCACGCGCAGUACAACACGCCCAUCAGCAUGUACUCCCAGGACGCCAUCAUGGAUGCCAUCGCCGGGCAGGCCCAGGCCCAGGGCAGUGACUUCAGUGGGAGCCUUCCUAUCAAAGACCUCACUGUAGACAGUGCCUCUCCCGUGUAUCAGGCUGUGAUUAAGAACCAGAACAAGCCAGAAGAUGAGGCCGACGAGUGGGCGCGCCGCUCCUCCAACCUACAGUCUCGCUCCUUCCGCAUCCUGGCCCAGAUGACGGGGACAGAAUACAUGCAAGACCCUGAUGAAGAAGCUUUGCGAAGGUCAAGGCCCCAGGCCUCUGCCUACAGUCCCGCUGUGGCCACCUCUCCAGCACCUGCUGCCCAUACAUACAGCGAGGCCCCAGCUGCCCCUGCACCCAAGCCCCGGGUUGUCACCACUGCCAGCAUCCGACCUUCUGUCUACCAGCCAGUGCCUGCAUCUACCUACAGCCCAUCUCCGGGGGCCAAUUACAGUCCAACCCCCUACACGCCCUCCCCUGCCCCUGCCUACACCCCGUCCCCUACCCCUGCGUACACCCCUUCCCCCGCUCCCACCUAUUCCCCCUCCCCAGCACCAGCCUAUACCCCCUCGCCAGCCCCAAGCUAUAAUCCUACACCCUAUAGUGGGGGCCCUGCAGAGUCUGCCAGCCGUCCCCCAUGGGUGACAGAUGACAGCUUCUCUCAGAAGUUUGCCCCUGGCAAGAGCACCACCACUGUCAGCAAGCAGAGUCUGCCCCGAGGGGCCCCUGCCUACACCCCGCCACCACCGGCCCCCCAGGUGUCCCCCCUUGCCAGGGGUACGGUCCAGAGGGCCGAGCGCUUCCCAGCCAGCAGCCGCACUCCGCUCUGUGGCCACUGCAACAGCAUCAUCCGGGGCCCCUUUCUGGUAGCCAUGGGCCGUUCCUGGCAUCCAGAAGAGUUCAACUGUGCCUACUGCAAGACCUCCCUGGCAGAUGUAUGCUUUGUGGAGGAGCAGAACAACGUGUACUGUGAGCGGUGUUAUGAGCAGUUCUUUGCCCCAGUCUGUGCCAAGUGUAACACCAAAAUCAUGGGGGAAGUGAUGCAUGCCUUGAGGCAGACGUGGCAUACCACCUGCUUCGUCUGUGCAGCCUGCAAGAAGCCCUUCGGGAACAGCCUCUUCCACAUGGAAGAUGGGGAGCCCUACUGUGAGAAAGACUACGUCAAUCUGUUCAGCACCAAGUGUCAUGGCUGCGAUUUCCCUGUGGAGGCUGGUGACAAGUUUAUCGAAGCCCUGGGGCAUACCUGGCAUGACACCUGCUUCAUUUGCGCAGUCUGCCACGUGAAUCUUGAGGGGCAGCCAUUCUACUCCAAGAAAGACAAACCCCUGUGCAAGAAGCACGCACACGCCAUCAACGUGUAG